AUGUUUCUUCUAGUAGUUGGCCAUAACCAAAGGUAUAGGACACUUCAACCGAUCUUUAGAAGAUCUACCGAAGUCAUUAGUAGGUAUUUUAAGGCAGUGCUUUAUGCUAUUGGGGAGUUGAGAGAUGAGAUGAUUCGGCCUCCCUCCAACCAUUGUCAUCGUAAAAUACAAGAAAGCACUCGCUUCAAUCCAUAUUUCAAGGAUUGUGUUGGAGCAAUUGAUGGGACUCAUGUGCUUGCUAGAGUCCCAAAAAGUAUCUCAGCUGCCUUUAGGGGUAGAAAGGUGGGGACUACCCAAAAUGUCAUGGCUGCGGUAGACUUUGAUCUAAAGUUUACCUAUGUACUUGCGGAGGUGGCGUCAAGAGGUGCCAAGACUGACAAAGGAUUCAAAGAGGUUGAAAAAUUGAAAGUUGCAAAGCGUAUAUCUUCUUUCGUUGGUUAUGACGUGUCUAUUACGCAAGUGCACAAUCAUAUUCGCAAGUGGAGGAAUAGGUGGACAAGGCUUGUUUAUUUGAAGGCUUUAAGUGGGGCACUUUGGGAUGAUGACAAGAAGAUGGUAGUGCUAGAAGAACAACACUAUUUGGGCCACACUCAGGAUCAUCCAGCAGAUGCUGAAUUGCUCAAUUCUCCACUAGAGAACUACGACUAUAUGGAACUUUGCUUUGCUAAUAAGCAUGCCACUGGGAAAUAUGCAAUGGGCCCCGGUGUGCCCCUGGGAACGCCUAUUGUUGUGGAAGACAAGGAUAAACCGAAUGUCAUGGAGGGGGAAGGAACAACGGAUGAGGUAUUGCAACAUCUUCCUGGAUCUAACUUUGUACUUCCUACUGCUAGUGCCACUCAGGACCCUUCUCCUACUUCAAAUAAGAAGAGAAAGAGGGCAUCUGGCUUGACAGAGGAGGACUCAAUCCAGUGUAGCAACAUGACUGAUGCUAUGCGUGAGAUUGCAAGUGCUAUCAACAACACUUGCCAUGCUGAAACACACCCCGACUUGUACAAGGCUGUCAUGGACCUUCUUGUGUUUAAUCAAGAUGAGCGCUUGGCUGUUUUAGAUUAUCUCACAGAACAUAAGGCAAAAGGCCUAAACUUUGUGAAGAUGGAUGAUGAAGUCUGA